UACAACUGGUGCCAGGAAGCUGCGGUAGCCAAGCCAAGGCGCUGGAGGAAGUUCUUCAAGUUUCACAUCUGCCGUCCAACUCUACAGAGAGUGCAGACGUGGUACUCUCUUAGAACGUUCGCGAUAUACCUCGGCUUUUAUCAUUUCCGUUCGAGCUCCACUGGACAACAGCGACUUUCACGAUGUCCGUCGCUGGGUUUAGGAAGCAAUUAAUCAAAGGCUGUCAGUUGGUCAGUGAGAAGGUCGGAGCUGCAGAGGGAACCAAGCUAGAUCAAGACUUCAAGGACCUUGAAAAGAGAGCAGAUAUUACCAGCAAAGCAGUAGUUGAAGUCGUCAACAGAACAACGGACUACCUCCAGCCUAACCCGGCCCACAGAACGAAGCUCUCCAUGCUCAAUACGAUGUCCAAAAUCCGUGGACAGACAAACAAUCUUGGGUACCCGCAGGCCGAGGGCCUCCUAGCAGACUGCAUGAUGAAAUACGGAAUGGAAAUGGGCAGUCAAAACAACUUUGGUGGCGCUCUUGUGGCUGUUGGAGAAUCAAUGAAAAAAUUGUCGCAAACCAAGGACAGUCUGGACAUGGACGUUAAGCAGAAUUUUCUUGACCCACUGCAAGUAAUUGUUGAGAAGGACAUCAAAGAUAUACAGCACCAUCUGAAGAAAAUGGAGGGCCGCCGCUUGGACUACGAUUAUAAAAAGAAACGUCAGGGUAAAAUUCCAGAGGAGGAAAUCAGACAGGCCCUGGAGAAAUUUCAUGAGUCCAAAGAAAAUGCUGAAAGUUCCAUGUGCAACUUGCUGGAGACUGAUGUGGAGCAGGUGAGCCAGCUGGCAGCUUUUGUGGAAUCAGUGUUGCAGUACCAUAGAAACGCCACAGAGAUUUUGGAGGAACUUUCUGGUGAUCUGGAAAGAAGAGUACAAGAAUGUCAGUCCCAACCAAGGCGAGAGUACAGACUCAAACCUAGGCAGAGUUUUGACUAUGGAAGGACUGAGCAAUCCAACGGUGGUUACACAUCACCUGCAACAAGCCCUCCAGCUUAUUCCCCAGGUCCAUCCCUGCCAAGAACUUCCUUCAAGAACAGAGCCUCUGCCGAGCCAAGCUGUAAAGCUCUCUACGACUUUGACCCAGAGAACGAGGGAGAGCUAGGUUUCCGUGAAGGGGACAUCAUCACUCUGGUCAGUUACAUCGAUGAAAACUGGUUGGAGGGAAGGCUCCACGGCAAGACGGGAUACUUCCCCAACAACUACGUCCAAGUGAUCGUUCCCCUACCGCAGUGACAUAUUGGUGGAAAAACUAAACAUCUCACAAUUGGGGUUUAUUUGGUCAAAAGGCAUUUUUAUAAAUACCAUUUGGUUUUUCAAAAUGAAGGAACAAAGGCUUGAAGGUUUGAAAACUGACAGUGUAAUGUUUGGGUGCAUGUAUCACUCCCCAGGUUUUUGACCCGCAAUGCACCUUUGCACUUUUCACACGACGACGUUCUCACUUGAGGGAUGUUUUUUUUUUUUUUUUUUUUUAAGAACGCUUCAAACACUAGUGGGUGCACUAACUGUAUUAAUAUAUUGACUACGUGAUUUUUUUAAAUUAGAUAAAACACCUUUUCUGUUUAAGCAAUUUGCUUCAUAUAAGCUGGUGGUGGGGUCAUCAUGAAGCGUUGCUAGUUUUUAUCCAGUCAAACACUGCCACCUAGUGUGGUCCUUACUCUUGUUCAGUCAAAACUUAAAGCCUUCAACCCUAUCACAAACCAAAGCACACAUCGAUGGCUUAAAAACUAUAUUUAUUGUAUGGGAAAACUGAAACAUCUUUCUAGCAAAACUCUUUGUAUAAAAUCCGAUAUCUUAUGAAAAAGUCCCGCAAAUGUAAAUUUUUCAUCAAACAAACAAACUGGGAGGUGGUCUUUUACGGAAUGCUAUUUUUGCCAAUCGUAUUAUGCCAAUAGAAAAUACCAGUUUACCCAGCGGUGCCCCCAAUGGUUUUGCGACUGGGCUGUUGAUAGAUCCUGACAUGUCACCAAACAAAUAACACUAUAUACUGAAGGUGAAGGAUAAUAGAAACACAGGUAUAAUUUAAGACUUUUUAUUUUCUUCCUAUCACUAUUGUGUGUCGCUGACAUAGAUGAAAAUAGAAGCAAUAUUUAUAGUAAAUCAUUUUCAGACCAAGUUAUAUUGACCUUUCUCCUGCCACCCUUUGGUUGGAAACUACUGGUUUAUCCAAACGCUAUUUAUUUCUCUGGGCUGUUUUAAACUAGUGCUAUUCAUCAAAAUUUAACAUAGCCAAUCAUGUGAUCACAUAUACAGGAGUAGAUUUUAAUGUGCUAAUUUAUACUCUUCUUUGCAUUGUUCCUUUGCACUCUAAUAUUUGCGAUAAUUACUAUACUGUAAGUCUAAUACCAAAGCCAUAAACUCCAGCGUCAAUUUUCUCGCACUCCAUUGACGCUGCUGGCAGUGUCCCUCACAAUGUAUUCCGGGCACUCAACCAGCUGUAUGAAGGAAUUAUCUGCCUGCGAUUUGGUUUUUGUUAACAUUCUAGACAAGCUGUCGCCUUUUGUAAUUUUAACCUUUAGAAGCAUGUACUGUAUAUUACACUACUGUUUAUUGCUGCAUCGAACCCCUCCUCAUCUAUUCUGUAGAGUUUACUCAUCCAAGCAAGCCCGGUACACAAUGGCUGUUUUCACUUUGAAUUACAAGCAGGCUACGAAAAUGCGAUGGUAUGCGCAAUUCUUUAAAAUGGCAAAUUUCUCUGCCCCACAACUCAACUCUGUCAUAGCUAUUUGAACCUUGAGUGGAGAAGACAGGUCCUUUCAGGAGGAAAGACACACAGCAGUGGAUUAUGCCCUCCCCCUCUCGUCUUUAUUCACCACCUGCCCCCUGUGCCCCCUUUCUCAUUAUCAUCCCCGAUCCCAAUCCCAUGGUGCCUUUUGGAGCUCUGGUUCAUCCCUGGAAUAAUCUCGUUUCAGCAAUAUCUGCAUCUAAAUGUUAUGUUUGCAUUACUCCCAAUGCAAUUACUAAUAUUAAGAGGGUCCGUGGUUGUGGUCAUCUGUGCAGGGGAAUAGCUACAUGGUUCAGGUGUGUGUUUAUAUGCCUCAUAACGCUAAAUCAAAUUACUUUGGGAUGAAUGUCUUGGUCUUGGAAGAUAUUGAAGAUAAAUGCCUCAGAACAAAGGGCUAGAGUGUGUGUGUGCUGCUUGAUGAUGGUCGUGUAAAAGUUGCAACUCUGGAUUCCAAUCGGUCCUUAAAUGUUGCACCUGAAGGAAGUGCUUUAUUUAAUUGUACUGCAGCUUGUGUUUUGUGUGAAAAUGUAACCUUUGCAUGUGUCCUUACUAGUAUCCGUCUUAAAUGUCAUUUGGUGACUGUGACACAUUGGGAGACUAAAAGUGGGAUUAUCCUGGAUUAUCUUGAGGAUAUGUGGAUUACCUCUUCAUGAUGUUUAAUUUCUGUUUAUUUUAUGUCUUAAAUGUAAAGGGGAUGGAAGAUAUUUGCUUAUUCAAAUAAAUGUUGUCAUCAUGCUA